GAGCAGGUCAGCUGUUCUCCAUGUCUGUCUGCUGCUCCCCCUCCCCAUUCACUCUCUCUCUCUCCCUCCUCCGUGGAUCGUGCGGUCAGUGCCCCUCUCUCCCCCCUGGUGCCUCUCUCUUGGGAUCUGACUAGUGAUGUGUAACCUACAGAAUGCCCAGCAGCACUGGAAAGAGGUUUAAGCCUACGAAAUACAUCCCUGUCUCCACUGCCGCUGCCUUACUAGUGGGCUCCACCACUUUGUUUUUUGUUUUCACGUGCCCUUGGUUAACAAGAGAAAUCUCUCCAGCUAUCCCAGUGUACAAUGGGCUCGUGUUCCUCUUUGUGUUGGCAAAUUUCAGCAUGGCAACCUUUAUGGAUCCUGGUAUCUUCCCAAGAGCUGAUGAAGAUGAAGACAAGGAUGAUGACUUCAGAGCUCCCCUUUACAAGAAUGUGGAGAUCAAAAGAAUACAAGUACGGAUGAAAUGGUGUGCCACCUGUCACUUUUACCGGCCUCCUCGCUGUUCACACUGCAGCGUCUGUGAUAACUGUGUAGAGGAUUUUGAUCAUCACUGCCCCUGGGUGAAUAACUGCAUAGGGCGCAGGAAUUACCGCUAUUUCUUCCUGUUCCUGCUGUCUCUGAGCACACACAUGGUCGGGGUCUUCUCAUUUGGCCUCAUAUUUGUCCUGCACCAUCUGGAGGUUCUGGGAGAAGCCCACACCAGUAUUACGAUAUCAGUCAUGUGUGUAACUGGCCUGUUUUUCAUUCCUGUUAUCGGUCUCACUGGCUUCCAUAUUGUUCUUGUUGUACGAGGUCGCACCACUAAUGAACAGGUGACAGGGAAAUUUCGCGGAGGAGUUAAUCCAUUCACCAGAGGAUGCUGUGGGAACAUACAGCAUGUUUUGUGCAGCCCAUUAUCACCAAGGUAUGUGGUUGAACCAAAGAAGAGACAAUCAAUCACGCUCAAGCCUCCAUUUAUACGUCAGGAUCUGUCAGAAAGGCAAAUAACGGUAAAGAUCAGCGACAAUGGUAUCCAGGCUAACCUCCACCGAUCCAAGUCCAAAGGAAGUCUGGAAGGUAUAAAUGAUAAAUCUCUGGAUAUACAGCCACCACUACCUCCUAAAGGAGACCCCACCAAAUAUUCAGACUUGAAGGGCACACUUGGAAAUAAUGAAGAUAGUGGACUAUCACCAAAAAUGAUCAGUCCUCCAACUCCAGCUAUGUAUAAAUACCGUCCAAGAUUUGGAGCAAAUCCCAAAGUGCACUACCAUCCAGCAACAGAACAGAUUGCUAUGCAAGAAGGACUAAAGGACAGUGUGUUCUUGGAGGAAGACUGCAGAAAUCCUGAUUACCAAUCAGAGCCCAACCUGGAUUUUCAUGAGUACCGCAAGAACUCCCUCCAUAAGUCCUACCAGUCAUCCCCACUGCAGCUUGACAAUUUCACUGCCAACUCGCGCUCAUUGAGCCUGAAGAAUUCUGGGCGUCGCGAGUCCGAGAAAAUUCCUCUGCAGAUGGUAAAAUCAGAGGGUGACAGUACUACACCAUACAAGAGUGUUUUUUCCCCUAACACCUUGUCUAACCGUAAUGGAAGUUUGUCUUAUGACAGUUUGCUCAACCCAAUUUCUCCGGCCCCUGGUAAAUGCACUGCACACUCUGCCGCUGGUUCUGUGGGAUACCAUUCACCAUAUAUGUCUGCCAAAAUGUGCCAUCUAAGAGGAGCAGAGCGGCAGCCAGCUCAAAGUUUCAGUCCUGUAUUAAGCAGGGCUGCCGGACAUCAAAGAGAUCCUUCUCCCGUGCGCUAUGACAACCUUUCCAAAUCCAUUAUGGCCUCCAUCCAGGAAAGGAAGGAGAUGGAGGAAAGGGAGAAGCUGCUACAUUCUCAUACAGAUUCUGUUUUUGCAGACUCAGGGGUCUAUGAUACUCCGAGCACAUACAGCCUACAGCAGGUCAGCUCGCUCUCAGAGAACCCACGUACUACUUCAGGCCGGUAUGGUUCAAAGGACAAUCUUUUGGCGGGCGCUACUAACUUCAGCUCCAGGAACCCUAUUCUACAGUCCUCUGUAUCCUCUCUUUCUAGUGCAGUCUCCAGAGCGCCUAGGACUUCCACAACAUCCUUACAGGCUGAUCUGGCCAAUAACAAUAUCCAGAGUCAUCAGCCUUUGCAAGGACGGGUUAGUAAUGGGUCAUACAAGUCCCCUGGUCAUCAGGUUCCAUCUUCACCCUCUGGAAUACCCAGGUCGCCCUCCUACGGGGGAGGGAAAACUGUCACAUUUCUAAAUACCAUGGAAUUUGUAGAAGGAGCGUCCAUGGCGGUUCAGAGGGAAGAUCUGAAGACACCUCAUGGUAAGAUAAAUGGACAGCCAAAGGGAUUAUCAAGGCCUGAGUGUCGGCUGGCAUCCACGUCUAGUUCACAGAGCACUACCACAGUGAGUCCGUCUCGGCAUUCUAGUGUAAAGAAGGUUUCUGGAGUUGGAGGCACUACAUAUGAAAUAUCAGUGUAGACUUCCCUGCAUUUGAGGGCCUCAGACACUCAGAACGCUGCAGGUAAUGAACCAGUAAAGUACAAGGCAUAUUUUUUGGACCGUUCAGAAGAGAAUGUGGUCAGUGGGAGCUUUACGUCAAGACUGAUGAAGAACCUCUUACAACAAAGACUAUGAUUAUUAAUGGGAGGACAUUGGUUAUGUGAUGAACAGAAAAAAUAAGCCAUUGUACGUGUGUCUGUCCAUGAAAAAAAAAAAGAAAUGUUUUAAAACUUUUAACGUGAGAGCCGUGGGACAUUUUUAUAUUUUAUUUUUAAUUUUUUUUUAUUUUAACUUUUCAGUUGCAGGGUCUGAAUGAUUUGGGUCAUAAUAAAAGAAUCAAGCUGUUCUGAGAGCAUAAAUUCCAGGAUCACAAAGAAUAAGCCCCCUGAUGUGCUAUGGAGUCGUUUCUUCUUCACAUAGUAACUUUGACCAUAACGCAGUGUUUGUAUGGUAUGUCUUGGAUAACAAAAUACAUACUGUACAUACGUAUAUUUCCUCGGCCAUUUUGUGUAUUAAACCAAUCUAUAUAGAAUGUA